AUGUCGGACACUCGCAAGCGAUCCCGGCACUCGUCGACAUCGGGGUCCCACCGUACACCAUCGUCGCGCCACCAUAGCUCGCGCCACCUUUCUGCGACGUCAUCGUCGUCUGUCAACCGGUCGUCGUCGUCUGUAAACCGGGCCCCUCCGUCUUCUGGUGAUGGCAGUGCCAGUACCAACGACAGCGGCAAGUAUGGCGGCUCGAACGAAGUCCCGCCCGUUUCUGGAGGAGGCAGCCGGCCAGAUGCUGGCCAGAUCUACGGAGGCAUGGCGACACCGGCUGGCGAGUCCCGCUUCUCGCUGACGGACCAGUUUGCGGCCACAAGGAGUGUGAUCGACUUUGACUUUGACGACGGGGCAUCGUCCAUCUUUGACUCGGCAUCGGUCUUCUCCAUGGGGACAUCUAGGGCGCCUUCCGUCCGGGCACCGUCCACGCGGGCACCGUCCAUUGCACCCAGCUCGGUCUGGAGCUCGGGCUUUGGCGAAGACAGCUUCUUGGGCAGCGAAGGCGAGGACACGAUCAUGGGCGGGUACGACACGCUGGUAGAAGAGGAUGAGGACAGUGACGAGGACGAUGACGAGGAUGACGAGAAUAACGACGAGGAUGACGAUGAAGACGGACGACACACACCAAAACUGCGUGCCGAAGGCAACGCUGGCGUCAGGGACAGCAAGCAGCGGACCGAGAAGCUCCAGGACCAGCUGCUGCAGCUGCAACAGGACCAGCUUCUGCUCCGCUCUCCCGUGCUGCAGGCCACCCUCCCCGGCCAGCCCCAGCCAAUGCGGCGUACUUACUACGAAGUGCUCUGUCUUGCACGGCACCCAGCGCCGCACUCGGGCGAGAUCCGGGCGGCCUAUUUUCGCCUGUUUCGACUGCUGAACAACGAUCACAGCAGUGGCGGACGCUACGGUAUAGCAAAGGCGCUGCAGCCGACGGCAGCCUUUUACUUUGCACAGGCGCAGGCAGCGUUCGAAACGCUGAUCGAUCCGGCACGAAGACUGGAGUAUGACCGAUAUCUGGACGAUCAGGAGGAGGAGGACAACGACGAAGAAGAGGACGGGAGCAGCAGCAGCAAAUGCGACAGCGAUAGCAGACUGACUGCGGAGGAAGAAGCCCGAGACGAGGAAGAGAUCCGUCGCCUGAGAGCUCUGGCCAGCCGACAAAGCUUUCAAGCCACCACCGACAUGGGCAUCCGUUACGAUGCCAGCCGCGUGCUGCUGCCCGAGUACCUGCAGCACGGGGACGCGCAAGCCGACAGCAGCGCGCUCAGCUCGGUCGACUACUCUCUCACGCAGGCUGUCCGCAUUGGAUUGCCCAGGUUAGGCCGUUGUACGGAGGCGGGGAUACUGCAGCUGCAACGCCGUCUGUACAGAACACAAAAUUCGCUGAAUCAGCUACGUGUGCGAUUUGGUGCCAACCGAGACAAGAUAGCUGCCAGCACGCAGCGGAUGCAGCCUUGGCCGGUGUUCUGCAGCACGCCAAUCGUUGGGGUGUCUGCCUCGACCUACGCCAUGACGUCGACCUCUGCCAACUGGAGAAGCGGCCGCGAUGCUCCUCUGUCGACAGACCGCCACCAGCCACUCCUGCCCGAGGCGUUGGCACCCAUACGGGCUGUCCAACUGGCCGACACCCGGUCGACGGGCCGCGUUGUGCUCUCCUACCGGCAAGAGUUUGCUUGGGGCCCGAUGCCGAGCCAUCUACCGCCGACGGUGGCGGAGGUCGAGGCGGAAGUUCUGCCGCAUCUGAGCGUGACAACGCGUAUAGCGCAGCCUGUGCCCGUGACAAUACCGCGUGUCGACGAGGCCAUGGGCGUUCCCGACCAGGAGCCGCUGUAUGUCGAAGUCAUGGUGCACGAUGGCAAAGGAUGUUCGCUUGUUGGCUCAGCCCCUCGUCUCGGCCUCGGCCUGUCGCGACGCAUGGGCGAGGGCGAUGUAUUCCUGUGUGCAGACAGUGGUAGCAGCGGUGGCUGGUCGCCGUGGUGGCCGUUCUCUACAGCGGCCGAUGUCGCGACUGCAGUCAUUGCGCCGGGCAUUGCGUCCAUGGUCGAGGUUGGCUACAGCCUGAGCGCAGACGAGCUGGGGCUGCAUGCGGGGCGACCACUGACAGGGCCUGCGGAUCGGGGUCUCAAGGGCAUCGACGGUGAUUUGGACGCCCUGGAAGCCAGCAGCAGCAGAGGCCAUGGCAGAGGCACAUGGACUGCUUCGGCGGCGAUCACGGGGCAGUUGACGCUGGCGGGCUACUUGCGAUACGGUCGCACUCUGUUUCUGACGCCAUGGGGGCAUCUGGGCAAGAAGCUACAGAAGGGACGGAGGACGGACGGCAGCCGACGAGCGGUACGAGUGGAGGCGGAGUUGUGUGCCAGUCGCUUCUCUGCGGACGGAUACCUGGCCAUUCGAGGCCUGGCACCGAUUCGAUGGUGGGGGGUCCGGAACGGCUGGACAUCUGGACCCAGCGCCAGCAGCACGCCUCCAAAGCUGGGCCUGGAAGUUGCUCUGAGUGCCGGCAGCGGCAGCGUGCACGUGUCUCUGUACUGGUCGCGCGUGGGCCAGCGGAUCAAGCUGCCGUUCUUGCUGCUGCCGGCAUCGGGGGAUCUGAGCGUGACGUCGAGGCUCUUCCUCUGGGCAGCCGGGCUGCCGGUGGCCGUCGUGGCUCUGCGGGAGCUGGUGCAGGCGUUUCUGCGGGUCCGGCAGAGGCGGAAGCGAAGGGAGCAAAAGGAGCAAAAGGAGCAGAAGGAGGACGAGGCCAAGAUCGAGACAGGCGGGUUCGACGACUUUGAAGAGGAGCAGGCCAUUGAGCGGCACCGGGCCGAGGCAGACGAGCUGACGAUGGUGCUAUCAUCGGCCGUGGACGCGCUCAAAGCGAUUGCAGCAGGUGGCAACAGCAGCAACGGUAGCGGCGACAGAGACAAGGACGCGAGCGGGCUGAUCAUCCUGAGCGCCAAGUACGGUGUGGCCCUGGGGGACGACUCGGACGACUCGGACGGGGCUGAGCUUCGAAAGCGAAAGCGAAAGCACACUAGCGUCAACGGCAGCGCAGCAACAUCGACAGCCAUGGCGACGCGCAACGGCUGGUCGCCUGACUAUGAGGUGGCUGACGUGACGGCAGCCCUGACAGCUCUGGUGGUGUCGGCGGGAAGCAGAGGCAACGACAUUGUUCCUGCUGCCGAUGCUGACUCAGACUCGGACUGCCUGCUCAUCCCCCGUGGUGAGCGGAUCGCCGAGGUCGGGAACCGAGACGGCCUGCGGCUGCCGUGA